GUCAGUCAGGGGAGGAGGGAUCUGACCAUCCCAUCCACCUUUCUACGUACAGUACAAAGCUCAAUAAGGUGGAGUACCUUUAAUUUUUACUUUUUGCUCACAUUGAUGCUCGACCAAGUGUCUUGAAGGCCCGACAUAGCACGCCCCACGAUAGCGUGAGCCAUGAGACUCUGAACAACUUCCUAACCAGAACAAUACUGCAGUCGACACCAUGGCCACAUCAAUCCCCUCAAUAGCAUGCCUCGGCGUCAUAGGCAGAAAUAACAACCCGCUUCACAUUUCCAUAUUCCCCUCCCAUGACCCGACGACAAACACCCUGACGCCGGCCCGCACGCCGCUGCAAUUCAGUCUCCUGCUUUCGUCGACGCUCGACGUCUUUGACCUGCGCGCCCGCCAUCACACGGCCGGCGGGACGGGCCUGAGCGGCGACUUUGGUCUACUGCAUGCCGUGGACGAGCGCCUGGCCGCGUAUGGCUUCGAGACCAACACGGGCGUGCGCUUCAUCGUGGUCGUCGACAUGCGCGGCCGCCGCAUAGACGCCAGCGUCGUUGGCGGUCUCGGGGCGGGUGGUGCCGGCACCACGGCUGGCGACGGGAAAUCCGGCGCUGCGGCCAAGGCUGCCGCUGCCGCGGUUGGGCUGAGGGAUGGCGAGAUGAAACCUGUCUUUCGUGCCAUGCAAACUGCCUACAUUCGGCUACUUCAGAACCCAUUCUAUGAACCUGAUGAACAUUCUCCUCCUGGAGGGCAUGGUGGGAAAAAGAUAACAAGUCGCCGAUUCGCGGCCGACAUGAGACGAAUCGGGGAGGCAUGGACCCCCGGAGUUACCAGCCUUUAAUAUUUUCUCCGCCAUGUCUACAUUUUAAAGGGCGUUUCAGGAAUCGGCAUUAGAUGCUAUGGCGUUCGGGAGUCUUGGCUUAUCAUAUGGACGGUCUUGCAUUGACUGGGAGGACCAUUUAUCUCUAAUCUUGUUGGCUACGGUCUGUAUCAUGUUACUUUACUGACUAACUAGGUACUUAGCCAUUUACAUACGAACCGAUUUAUACUCGAUGGUUUGUUCACAAGAUUGCCGCACAUGCUAGCUACUGCCAUGAAGCGUGUGAUUCCAUGUCACAGUUCUCCUUUGAGACUAAACACCUCAAAACGGAUACCUAGUCUUGUUCCCCAGACGUCGGGGUCAACAUGUGCUACCUUGCUCCAGCCUCUGAUGAGGGAUCUCCAAUAGCACACUUCGGCAGCCGGGCUAAAGUACCCACCCCCUACGAGAAACUCCCGCUGUCUGCUGGCGAUCCUCUCCGCUACACGUGGAUGCGCCUCGAGCCAUGCCACCGUUUCUGGGAGGUCCGACCAGUCAUGUGCCACAAACACAAUGUUGGCCUCGUCAGCCGAGAACGAAACAGGCCAUGACCUGGAAGCCCGCGCCCCGGACGCGCCCGCCGGCCGUGGCCUCCCUAGCAGCGACGCGGAGAAGACGGGCCUCAGCAGGUGCGACGUGUGCUGCAUCCACAAUAAGGGCGGAGACAGCACCACGCUGCGGCACAUCUGGAGGAAAUGAAACCGCCCGCUGUAGGCUACCCCUUCGGUGUGCAGCACGUACCGGUACCGGCAAAAAUCCUGGAUGGCGAUGGCGGUAGACUCGUUGAGCGGGAGCACGUCGGCCCAUGACUCGCCGGCGGCGGCGGCCCGGGCCGCAACCUGCACCAGGUUCCUGCGCAGGCCGGGCUGCAGUGCGCUCUCGAACCGCACCGUCCCGCGCCACACGGCACGGGCCGUCUUGUUUGUCCAGUUGCCACCACCACCACCACCACCAUC